UAUAUAUACAUGUUCUUUUAUAUAUUUUUCCAUACUCAACAAUCCUAUAAUAACAAGCAAAUUUUGAUUUCGUAUAAAUAACAAAAAGGAGGAGAAGAGAAUAUUAAAGUAUAAUUGUUAUGGAAGAUUUGGAGAAACAAGAGAGAAAUGUAGAAGAGGAAGAGAAUUUGCUAGAAAAUGUUGCAGUUUUGGAUUUUGAUGUAUUGUGUUCCUCUGUAGCUUUGAAAGCUUCUCAAGGAAGAUGGGGGAAUGUAGGAACCGUGGAUGAAGAAGAAGAUGAUGAGAAUGAGGUUUUUGGUGGGGUUUUGAGGAUGUGGGAAGGUGAACUUUUUGAUUUCUUUGAUCAUCGUCGCAUUGCUAUUGAAUCAACAUUUUGUCCUUGCUAUCGAUUUGGGAAGAACAUGAAGAGAGCUGGUUUUGGUUCAUGUUACAUUCAGGCAGCAAUUUACAUGAUUCUUGCUAUUGGUGCUUUUGUGAACUUCAUUGCCUAUGUUGUCACAAGACAUCACUGCUUUCUCUAUAUUUCUCUUUCCCUCAUUAUUUCUGUUGGUGUGUAUUUAGGAUUUUUCCGCACACUCAUAAGAAAGAAAUUCAACAUCAAGGGUAGUGAAAGUUCAUUGGAUGAUUGUGCUUACCAUUUUGCAUGUCCUUGUUGUACAUUAUCUCAGGAGUCUAGAACAUUGGAGAUGAACAAUGUACAAGAUGGUACUUGGCAUGGAAGGGGUGACACAAAAUGCAUUGGUAGCUUUGGUGAAAAAAGUAAAACAUAUCUUGAGUUACUUCCUCCUCCUCUUGUCUCAAUCAAAUCAUAGUAAUUUGAAUGAGAAUGAGAUUGUUUUAAAUCUUCUGCACUGCUUUUGGACUUAGAAAGAGAUAUUGAUUUCUCAUGUAUAUAAUUGUUUGUUACUAUCAAUAAAUAUGGUUUGAUUUUACCAA